CUCUUAGUUGCCACAUUAUUUUUAAUUUUAAUUUUUUUAAAAGAAUUGCUUUUUAUUUUCCAAAUAUCUAGAAAAAAACAGAACCAGUCGUGCCCGCCAAACCCGCACUGUGCCUCAUUAGCAAUUUCCCAUUUUCAGCCACUUGCCUUUUUCCUUUUAAAUUUCCAUUCAACUUUCCCAGAAAAUUUCAGUCGUCGCCGCGUCAACCCAUUCUCCUCCUUCACAAUUCGGACGCGCGCCACCGGCUGCUGAUCCCUAUAUAUAUAUAUAUAUAUAUAUAUAUUUAAUCCACUGUCUCCAUCGAUUUCCGCCAUUGAAAUCCACAGAGCAAACCUCAAAAACAAACAAAAAAACAAAAAAACAAAAAAAAAAAACAGAUUAUCGAUCGAUCAAUCAAGACAAUGGAAUCAGCGGCCGCUCCGUCUCCAUCGCCGCGAAUCCGUAGCCUCAGCAAGAAGAAAUCAUCUUCGGCGUCGUUCCGUCUCCGGUGCCCUAGCCUCAACUCCCUCCGCCUCCGCCGAAUCUUCGAUCUCUUCGACAAGAACGGCGACGGCGUGAUCUCCGUCCAGGAGCUCAGCCAAGCCCUCGGCCUCCUCGGCCUGGAGGCCGAUCUCGCCGAUCUCGAAUCCACCGUCGAAUCGUUCAUCAAGCCGGGAAAUGUCGGCCUACGAUUCGACGAUUUCGCGUCGCUCCACCAAUCGCUCAACGAAACCUACUUCGCCGCGGAACUCGAGGAGUCGGCGGCGGAGGCGGAGGUUCCGCAGGAGGAGUCGGAUCUGUCGGAGGCGUUCAAGGUGUUCGACGAGGACGGCGACGGCUACAUUUCGGCAAAGGAGCUGCAAGUGGUGCUCGGGAAGCUAGGGUUUGCGGAGGGGAAGGAGAUCGGAAAGAGGGGGUGCGAAAGAGUCGAGAAGAUGAUCACGUCGGUCGACCGGAACCAUGACGGUCGCGUCGAUUUCUUCGAGUUCAAGGAUAUGAUGCGCAGUGUUCUUGUUCGGAGUGCUUAAAAAUGUUUUUAUUUUGGUUUUAUGAUCUGUGAUUUGGAGUGUGAAUUGAAGAGUUUUGGGUUUAAAGAUGCAUAAUUGAAUAGGUGACAUGAUGACAGAAUUUUAAUUCGUAUUGAGAUAAAACUCGUGGCCUUUGUCGUGUUUAUAAUUUGUUUAUCUCUUUUCGUGUCUGUCUUAAUAUUCUGAUCUAUUCAUUACUCUUAUGAAUGCAGUGUUUUUGUUGAAAA